CACUGUGAUUGGGCAAUUGAUUCCUAAAAGAUAUGAUAUAAUUAGUAGCAACAGCAGCAACAUCAAAAGCCUAUUUCCAUUUUCUAAUUUCUAAAACCCCUUCCUCCUCUUCUUCGCCCACUUCCCAAACCCAAAAAACCUUAUCCCUUUCUUUCCACAAAACCUAUCUCUUCUUUCUCUUCUUCCAUGGACUCCACUGACCCUUCUCUUCCCCAAGCUUCUCCCUCUCUCCCUGUCUCUGACUCUCUUUCUCUUUCUCCGCCUCCACCCUCUUCUUCUUCUUCCCUCGAAAGAUCCGCUAUCGACCGCAAGCUCCAAAACGGCGUUAAUGGGCCUGCUAUGGGCUCAGAUGACGACGAAGGCUUUCUCAGCGGCGAAGACGCCGAGGACUUCGACGCGGAGCCCACCAGGCCCAUUCUGGUCUAUCCCGAUGGCAGAACCCCGAAAUUGGAAGAUGAACUCGCUGAUGCCGAUGAACCUUCUUCGCAAUUUUCAACCCCCGACGGCGAGAGACCUAUUGCCAAGGUAACGCUCGACGAUGACGAGCAUGCUCAUGCUCAUGAUGAUGAUGAUAAAGAUAACGAUAACGGGGUUGUUUCUGAUGAGGGUUCAGGCGGCGGCGGCGGUGGUGAGAAAUUAGGCGAGGUGAAGGAGGGCGGUUCCGGUGAUGUGGUUAUGGAGUCUCCUGGUGGUGAUGUCGGUGUUGAAGAGGUGCAAGAAUUGAAGGGGAAGGAGAAACAAGGAGAGAGGGUUGUUCUUGCUACUGAAGAGGAAGAAAAGAAUGAUGAGUCGCUGAUUGAUGCACAGAAAGGCGAUGAUUCUUUGGUUGUGGAAUCUGAACAUGAUGGUAAGUCUAAGUCUUUUGCUGGUGAAAAUGGCGGCGAUGGUAAUGUUGAGAUUGCUAGUGGUGGAGACGCCCUUGUUGACUCUGUGCAGGUUAACCUUUUGAGGUCUAAUGUGGCUGUUGUUGGAGAUAAUGUGGAACAAGUUGAGGAGUCUGAGAUUAAGGGCCUAGAGCCUCCUGCUCCUGUGAGCCUCGAUAAUGGCUUUGAUCCGAUUCAGCAGGGUGGCGAGAAUGUUGUUGAUAAGGUUGCAGGUGGAGAUGAUGCUGAGUCUGCUCAGAAUGUUGACAGUGCUGUUCUGAAUGGGGAACACUCGGAAGUUGCAACUCGCAAUCUUGAGGCUGUGCAAGAUGGCAUUGAUGCAGAGGCUUGUGCCAUUGAGGGGGACAUUGGGGAUAGAGAGAUAGAUGUUUCGGUGUCUGAUGAGAAGGGUGAAGAAGGAAUAUUUUUUGGCGGCUCUGAUGAUGCCUCCAAGAAGGAGUUGGAGGAUUUGGAGCAACAAGCAGGUGCUGGAGAGAUUUCAAAUGAUGAGAGAAUUGAUGGCCAGAUUGUCACUGACUCGGACGAAGAAGAGGCGGAAACUGAUGAUGAAGGAGAUGGGAAGGAGCUGUUUGAUACUGCUACCUUGGCAGCUCUUCUGAAAGCAGCAUCCGGUGGGGGACAAGAUGGUGGUAGCAUCACAAUAACCUCUCAGGACGGGUCGAGGCUUUUCUCUGUCGAUCGCCCGGCUGGCCUGGGUUCGUCACUUCAGUCUGGUAAGCCUGCUAUGCGACCAAAUCGUCCUAAUAUUUUUACUCCUUCCAUGAAUAGAGCCAGUACGGAAUCUGAUGAUAAUUUGAGUAAAGAAGAGAAAAAGAAACUGGAGAAAUUACAACAAAUCAGGAUUAAGUACCUUAGACUGGUUCAGAGAAUGGGGUUCACCACAGAGGAAUCAAUAGUGGCACAGGUGCUGUACCGGUUGACACUUGUUGCAGGGAGGCAUACUGGCCAAAUAUUUAGCCUAGAUGCUGCAAAGGAGACUGCUUCCAAGCUUGAAGCUGAGGGAAGAGAUGAUUUGAAUUAUUCUAUAAAUAUACUGGUUCUUGGGAAAGCAGGUGUUGGCAAGAGUGCUACAAUCAAUUCUAUUUUUGGUGAAACGAAGACCAGCUUCAGUGCAUAUGGUCCUGCUACAACUGCUGUGACGGAAAUCCUAGGGAUGGUUGAUGGAGUGAAGAUAAGGGUAUUUGACACACCAGGUCUGAGGUCAUCGGCUUUGGAACAAGGAUUCAAUAGAAAAGUCUUAGCUACUGUGAAGAAGGUGACUAAAAAAUCUCCUCCUGAUAUUGUCCUCUAUGUGGAUCGACUGGACCUACAAACUAGGGAUCUGAAUGAUUUGCCAUUGUUAAGAUCAAUUACCGGUGCCCUUGGUCCAUCCAUCUGGCGAAAUGUUAUAGUCACUCUGACCCAUGCUGCCUCUGCUCCCCCAGAUGGGCCGUCUGGUGCCCCAUUGAGUUAUGAAGUAUUUGUUGCUCAAAGAUCUCACAUUGUUCAACAGACUAUUGGACAAGCUGUUGGUGACCUGCGACUUAUGAAUCCUAGUUUGAUGAAUCCAGUCUCUCUUGUUGAAAACCAUCCUUCUUGUCGGAAAAAUAGAGAUGGCCAGAAAGUGCUUCCUAAUGGUCAAACUUGGAGACCAAUGUUGUUGCUUCUAUGCUAUUCAAUGAAGACUCUCUCUGAAGCUGGUAACCUUUCAAAAACUCAAGAAUCAUUUGACCACCGCAGACUGUUUGGUUUCCGCACUCGUGCCCCGCCACUUCCAUACUUGUUAUCUUGGUUGUUGCAAUCACGUUCCCACCCAAAGCUCCCUGCUGAUCAAGGUGGAGCUGACAAUGCUGAUUCUGAUAUUGAAAUGGCUGACUUAUCUGAUUCAGAUCUAGAUGAAGAUGAAGAUGAAUAUGACCAACUCCCGCCAUUUAAACCCCUGAGGAAAUCUCAGAUUGCUAAGCUUAACAGAGAGCAGAAAAAAGCAUAUUUUGAUGAGUAUGAUUAUCGAGUGAAGAUUUUACAGAGGAAGCAAUGGAGAGACGAGUUGAGGAGGAUGAGAGAGAUAAAGAAAAAAGGCAAAUCUCCCCCUGUAAACGAUUAUGGUUACGGGGACGAAGAUGAUCAGGAGAAUGGAGCUCCAGCUGCUGUGCCAGUUCCAUUGCCUGAUAUGGUCCUUCCACCGUCCUUUGACAGUGAUAACCCAGCCUAUAGAUAUCGAUUCCUAGAGCCAACUUCUCAGCUCCUGACAAGGCCAGUGUUAGAUACUCACAGUUGGGACCAUGAUUGUGGUUAUGAUGGUGUAAACCUUGAACAGAGUCUAGCCAUCAUCAAUAAAUUCCCUACUGCUGUCACUGUUCAGAUAACAAAGGACAAGAAAGACUUCAGCAUACACUUGGAUUCAUCAGUCGCUGCAAAACAUGGAGAAAAUGGAUCAACCAUGGCAGGGUUUGACAUUCAAAACAUUGGAAAGCAGCUGGCUUACAUUGUUAGAGGAGAGACAAAAUUCAAAAAUUUCAAAAGAAAUAAAACUGCUGCUGGGUUUUCUAUGACAUUUUUGGGUGAGAACGUUUCCACUGGGGUGAAAGUUGAGGAUCAAAUAGCUCUCGGAAAACGCCUAGUAUUGGUGGGAAGCACAGGGACUGUGCGUUGUCAAGGUGAUGCUGCUUAUGGUGCUAAUGUCGAAGUGCGGCUUAGAGAGGCAGAUUUUCCAGUUGGCCAGGAUCAGUCAUCACUGAGCCUUUCUUUGGUGAAGUGGAGAGGAGACUUGGCUUUGGGAGCCAAUUUUCAGUCCCAAUUUUCACUUGGACGAAGUUAUAAGAUGGCCGUUCGUGCUGGAUUGAACAACAAGCUCAGUGGACAGAUCACUGUGAGAACAAGUAGCUCAGACCAGCUCCAGAUUGCACUUGUCGCCAUUCUUCCCAUUGCAAAGGCUGUCUAUAAGAACUUCUGGCCCGGGGCAAGUGAGAAUUACUCCAUCUAUUGAAUCUUUCUUUUGGUUAUGUUACUGGUUAAGCAAUUAGAUUAUCAGUUAAUCGUCUUAUGUUGCUUCUUUUCACGCUUUUCUUAAAUAAUGAGUUUCUUAGUUUUGUCUAGACUAUUAGAUCUGCUGCUAUAUUGAAGUGCAUUUUAUGUGGCUGAAAAUUGUACUGAAAUUGAGAUGAAACCUACAGGGAAUUUAUUCGUAGUUGUUUUUCGUUA